AUGCCGACCCCGACUAUGCUUGCGGCGGCAAGUACCGCAACAGACUGGCUGUCAGCGGCAACCGGCGCGACUGCGACGAGCAUCACACAAAGCGGUGCGAAUUCGAGCAGCAACCCCAGCAACCCCACAACUACUCUCGACCCGCAUCAUGGCGGAAGUGGCGGUGGUGGUAGCGAGCAUGGUGCUGGGUUGUUCGAGGGCGGGAACGUGCUUGCAACGCCGUAUACGCUGUUUGUCAUCCAGCUGCUGAUCAUUGUGUCCACUUCUCGUAUUCUGGCCGUGGUUCUUCGCAAGCUCAAGCAGCCGCUCGUCGUCGCAGAGAUCCUCUCGGGAGUGCUGCUCGGCCCAAGUGCGUUCGGAAAAGUCGAAUCGUUCCGGAACACAAUCUUUCCGGCAUCCUCAAUGACCGUGCUGAGCAUGUUUGCCAACGUCGGCCUGGUCUUGUUCAUGUUCAUGAUUGGUCUCGAACUCGACAUCGGCCUGCUCACCAAGAACUCGCGCAACUCCAUCUUCAUUUCGGCCACGGGCAUUUCGUGCGCUGCCAUUCUGGGCUGCUUUGUCGGCUACGUUGUCCACGACGUUUACGCACCAGACACCAACUUUCUCACCUUCAUGCUGUUCCUGGGCGUUGCAAUGGCAAUCACGGCUUUCCCCGUGCUUGCGCGCAUCCUCGCCGAGCGCAAGCUGCUCAACACACGCGUCGGCAUGACGACCAUUGGUGCCGCUGCCAUCGACGACGUUACUGCUUGGUGCUUCCUCGCCUUGGUCGUAUCCAUUGCACACGCUGGCGGCAACCCGCUGACAGCUCUCUACACCAUUUUGACGGCGGUCGCGCUCAUCCUCUUCCUGGUACUCGUCGCGCGGCGCCUGAUCAUCCGCGGCCUCGUCUUCCUCAAGAAGGGUCGCGGGCUGUCGCACAUCACCAUCGUGCUGUCCUUCUUGCUCAUGUUCCUGUGCUCCUUCCUCACCGAGAUCAUUGGCAUCCACGCCAUCUUUGGCGCGUUUGCCUUUGGCGUCAUUCUGCCCCGCGACACGGGCCUCCCGCACCUGCUGAUUGAAAAGAUUGAAGACCUCACUCUCAGCAUUCUCAUCCCGUUGUACUUUACCGUGUCUGGCCUGCGCACCGACCUCUUCCUCGUCGCCGACGCCAAGGCGCUCGGCUUUACUCUUCUCAUCAUCUCGGCCACAUGCACCGGCAAGCUCGGCGGGUGCUCGCUCGCCGCACGCAAGCUAGGCAACUCUUGGCGCAUGUCCAUCACCACCGGCAUCCUCAUGAACACGAAGGGUCUUGUCGAACUUGUCGUGCUCAACAUUGGCCUUGAUGCCGGCAUCAUCACCCCGACCGUCUUCACGAUGUGUGUCAUUAUGGCUCUGGUCACAACGUUCAUGACCACACCUCUGACUUACCUUGCAUACCCACCGCAUCUCGUGCUCGCCGACGCCGUCUCAAUGUCCGCGCCACAGCCGCACCAGCAACAUCAGCAGCAGCACCAGCAGCAUGGACACGGGCACCCAGCUGAAGACGUCGAUUUUUCCCCAAUGUCACCCAACAGCCUGCCCAACACCCGGCUCUGCUCGCUCGUGUACAGCCCCGAUGUCGACAGUGGUCUCUCGGGACUCACGAUCGCGCUUGCCAUCUCCAAAUCCCGUCGCAAGCGGCGAGAGGUGCACGUCAUUCACAUGACCGAGAUGACGGAAUGCCCAUCGUCCUUCAUGCGCUACAUGAGCUCGAACGAUUCGCUCUCAGGCGGCCAAAACCAAAUCGCGUCGGCUGUGCGCACGCGCGCCAAGAUCCUCGGCAUGGCCGACAUCACGCAGGUCAUUACGUUCUCGUCCAACGCCUUCGACCUGGACUUGCUGGAGGCUGCCAAGACACUGUGUGCGCACGUGCUUGUUCUCCCGCUCUCCGGGACCGAGUUGGCCAACUGCACCAAUGCUGUGCGAGUGGCUGGUAGCGAAGUGACCCUGGAUGCGCCCAAGGGUUGGGAGGCCGCGGCUGCUGCAAGCGGAGACGUGUUGCCACCGCCAUAUUCGACCUCGAGUGACAUGCAUCAGACGAUCGAACUUGGCACGCGCGAAAACUCGGUGCCUUCUCAGGACCAGAUUGACUCGUGGGGUCUCUUCCCCGCGCUGCCAGUGGUGGUUCAGCGCGUUUUGCUCAGCAACGUUGCGCACUCUGCAGUGGUCAUCAAUCGUAGCAUGAGCGCAAGCCCACGUCGAGUGCUCUACGUGUACACUGGAUCUCCGGCCGACCUGCUCGGUAUCUCGCUGCUCGGGCACAUGGCCAAGCUCAAGGACAUCAAGGUCUACCUACUGCUCGCGGACGAGUACGCCGAACUUCCUUGCGGCGGCACUGCAUCCGACAACAGCCGUACCGACGUUGCCACGCUUCGCCAGGGCGCGUCCGGCAUGUUCUCGCGAGCGGCGGCGACUGUCUCUGCGUGGGCCGACAGCAGCAACACUCGCCAACAUACGCGACUCCUUGACGACGACGUGAGUGUUGACGGCGACAAAAACGACGACGACGACGACGACAACGACAACGACAAUGAUCAAGACGCGAAAGGCAACGCGCACAAGAGCAGUGGCAACAGCGACCGACUUCAGAAUGGAGGCGACGGCACAGCAGCCCGCCCAUCCUUCGACACGCCCUCCGAGAGUGGCUCUGCAGCAGAGUCUGACAACGCCGGCCGCAAGACACUCAGUCAAAACGACCUCCUCUUCCACGUCUCUCAGCAUGCUCGCAGUAUCAUCAAGACGGUUCGCGAGCCCGGCCUGACAAUCGUCGAGGCUGUGCGCGACCAGCUGACCAAAUCAGCCUCCGACCUGGUUAUCACCGCGCUUGAUCUUGACGGUUCGGUUGCGUGGAAGCAAGCGCAUGCCAGCAAACGCGACCUUCUUCCCUCCACCUACAGCACAGGCCCAGUCGCCCGGCGGCCGCAUCCCAGCGCCCACAAGCCUGUCGGCCUCUCUGGCCGGCGCGAGUUGCAAGCGUACCUCUUUGGCGAGUGCACCAUGUCGCUCCUGCUCGUGCACAACACGCACAAGGUGCUGUCCGACGCCUCAGCCCGAACAGCAGCACGCCUGCCUGCCAACCCUUCUGGAAGUCUCGCGGACGACGCAUGUUAA